GGCGGACGGGAUCUCAGAACUCCGGUCCCGGGCGCCGGGAGACGGUAUCGCUGUUCCUGGUGCUGAAACGCCGCGGUUGCGAAGGGGAACCGCCGCCUGCCUGCCCACCCCCCACCGCGUCCCCGGUACAGCGCCGCAACCUCUGUGAGAGCUGUCCAGUGCUGAACCCGGAUGCGGCCGGGCCCGCGGGGCUAGACCCGAGCCUGCCGCACCCAGCGGAGCCCGGACCGAGCUUUUGGGAGCGCUGACGCAGAGAGCUGGAAGGCGAGAAGCAGUGGGCUCCACGCCGGGCAUGGACCAGCAGAGACUGGACUCCUACCAGUGGGGAGCUAGCUUCAAUGAGCACGUCCUUCAUAAGACCAUCCUGGUGGGUGACAGCGGUGUGGGGAAGACAUCUCUGCUGGUUCAGUUCGACCAGGGCAAGUUCAUCCCUGGCUCCUUCUCGGCCACCGUGGGCAUCGGAUUCACAGUGAUGCUUCUGGGAGACUCAGGCGUUGGCAAAACCUGUUUCCUGAUCCAAUUCAAAGACGGGGCCUUCCUGUCCGGGACCUUCAUAGCCACCGUCGGCAUAGACUUCAGGAACAAAGUGGUGACUGUGGAUGGUGUCAGGGUGAAGCUGCAGAUCUGGGAUACCGCCGGGCAAGAGCGGUUCCGCAGCGUCACCCAUGCCUACUAUCGAGAUGCCCAGGCCUUGCUCCUGCUGUACGACAUCACCAACAAAUCUUCCUUCGACAACAUCCGGGCCUGGCUCACUGAGAUUCACGAGUAUGCCCAGAGGGAUGUGGUGAUCAUGCUGCUUGGCAACAAGGCAGAUGUGAGCAGUGAAAGGGUGAUCCGUUCGGAGGACGGAGAGACACUGGCCAGGGAGUACGGUGUUCCCUUCAUGGAGACCAGCGCCAAGACGGGCAUGAAUGUGGAGUUAGCCUUUCUGGCCAUUGCCAAGGAGCUGAAAUACAGAGCCCUGUGGCAGCCCGAUGGGCCCAGCUUCCAGAUCCGAGACUUUGUGGAGUCCCAGAAGAAACGGCCCAGCUGCUGCUCCGUCUUGUGAAUACCAAGGGGCUGCAAGGGGGCUCCAGAGGCCCCCGCGGAUGCAGCCUUCUCCCCCCAGAUCUGGUUUAUUCUGCGAGUCUGGGAGUUGGGGGACCCAGUGGACAGCCCCUUCCCAAGAGGGAGCUGUACUCCCACCCCUACCCUAGUUGCGUAGUUUCCCUGCAUCCUGGGGGAGGGUAACAUAUUUAUUUCAUCCUAAUGACACAUAAUGUAAUACAAAAAGGGAGGGAGGGGGGAGGCGGGGCACCAGAAAAACAAGGCAGGGAGCUGGUGGCCCUUUUGCCUUCUGCUACUUGGACUUGGGGGGCUGAGGCUCCCUCCUAACCUUGACAAGGGUGGUGUUGCUUCAGUUCAGCACCAGAGGGCAGUGACGCACUUCUGCAGCGUGAGGGCCAGAUGUGACCCCGUGGCCACCUUCACCUCAACUGGAGAGGCUAAGCAGACCCCCAACUUUCAUUUCCUCCAGCUCCCAGGGAACAGUCUUCCCCAGUAAGAUGGUCCCUGGUGCCGGGAGCUAGACCAAGGCUAGGGAAGAUAAGAGAUGUGGAGAUCAGGCAGUGACGGAGCUCUGUGGGUGCAGGGGGGAGGAGUGAUCCAGACUAAGUCUAUCUGUUUGGCUGCCUCUGGCUUUCCUAGCCCCCCUCUGGGACAUGUGCCCCUUUUCCUCCAGCUCACAAGCCGAAAACAUCUGGUUCCUGUUCUCUGGACCUUGAGUCCCAGGGGAACCCCACCUCCCGGAACCCCUGGUCUUCUCUACCUUUUUGCUUGUGCCCCUAGACACCUGAGGUCACAGCCAGGGAAAGGUUUUUCUCCUAUCUCAAACCUUUGGCAGGGAUGCACCCCCACAGCCUACUUCUAGCAGCCACAGUGCUUCUACUGGAUUAAGAGUCAGUUAAGGAGAAACCUCUGACUUCUGGAGCAGAUGGGAGGCAGAACUGAGCAAACCUCACCCCACCACACAUAUCCCCCCAAACCCAAGCGCUGUCUCCUCCUUGACCACUCAUGCCUUUUCGCUUCCAGACAGACACCACGGCCAAAACUCUCCAUCUCUCCUCCCACUGAGCCAAGUUAGGGAGUGAGAAGUCACCCAUUACUGGGUAAACCAACACAGUGUGCAAAACAAGGUCAUUUGAGUAAGACUGGGGUGAGGUGAGAGUCAGCAGAGUUUAUGUAGGGCCAAAGUCACCGGUCUCCCAGGUCCCUGACUACAGCAAACGGAGGUGGACAGGAGAUAUGUGGGUCAUGAUCUGGAGGCACCUUUACUCUAGCUCUCCAGGCCAAGGGCAAGGGAGAGGAUAGAGGAACACACUUCACAUUUCUGAAGCUAUCGCAUUUGCUUUCAAGGCAGAAAUCUUGCUCUCUGAGCAGAGUCAGCAGCUCCAACUUGGGCCUGAUAAGGAAACUCUCCUAGGCUUCUCCCAGGCGAAGCAGGGAGGAGCCUGACCUUGCUGGGCUCUUCUGGGGCCCAAGGCAGGUCACAGGAGACCGAAUCACAUGGGCCACAUUUGUGUUUUCAGAAUUAAAUUGCAGAAUUUGGAAAGUA